UUGAGUAUAUUUAUUAUUUUAAAAUGCUCAAGAAAAAAUCUGUGUUUUAUUUUCUGAAAUACUAUUCAACAUCCUCACAUAAUAACUUAUCAAAAAAAUUUGAUAUAAAAACUGGAAAAUUAGCUAAAUUAGCUGAUGGCUCAGUGACAGUUAAUAUAGGAGAUACAUGUGUAAUGGUAACUGCUGUUAGUUCUAAAAAACCUACAGCCAUAUCUUCUUUUAUUCCUUUAACUGUGGAUUAUAGACAGAAAUCCUCAGCAGCGGGAAGAAUUCCUACAAAUUAUUUGAGAAGGGAACUUGGAUUAUCAGAUAAAGAAAUUUUAACCAGUAGAAUGAUUGAUCGUUCAAUAAGACCAUUAUUUCCUUUUGGCUAUUCAUCAGACACACAAGUUAUUUGUAAUUUGUUAGCUGUUGAUGGUGUGAAUGAUCCAGAUAUCGCUUGCAUAAAUGGAGCCUCAGCAGCUUUAACAAUAUCUGAUAUUCCAUGGAAUGGACCCGUAGCUGCUGUUAGGUUAGGCCUUUUAGAUGGAGAAAUCCUGGUCAACCCAACUCGAAAAGAACAACAAAAGAGUAAGCUAAAUUUGGUGAUAGCUGGAAUGGAACACAACAAAGUAGUCAUGUUAGAAGGAAACGGCCAAGAAAUUAGCGUUACGGAAUUAAUGAGAGCUAUGAAGUUAGGCGCCAAAGAAAUAUCCUCCAUUGUAAAAAAUAUAAGAACUUUAGGGCAAAAAUACGGUAAAUGCAAACGUCAGAAUACCCUGACGAGUCAAGAUAUAUCGCUAAGAAAAGAGCAAGAAAUCUCCAUGAAGGCAUAUUUAAAGGAAUCCGGGAAUGAAGGAAAUUUGAGAAAAAUAUUAACCAACAACGAUUUGGAUAAACAGGAACGGGACGUAGAGUUGACAGCUUUUCGUAAUGCCACAAGCGAAAAAUUGAGAGAAAAGUUUAAUUCCAUCGAACCUCACGUUAUAUCAGAUAUCGUUUCGUAUUUCGUGAAAGAAUAUUUAAGAUCCUUGAUUCUAAACGAAGAAAUCAGAUGCGACGGCAGAGAAUUAGACGAGUUAAGGGAAAUUAAAUGCGAGGUCGACCUAUAUAAACCUCUACACGGUUCCGCCCUUUUUAGUAGAGGUCAAACUCAAGUAUUAUGUACCGUUACUUUCGAUUCAUUAGACGCUGCCUUCAAAUCCGAUCCUAUAUCCAUACUAACAGGAUCGAUAAAAGAGAAAAAUUUCAUGCUACAUUACGAAUUCCCCCCUUACGCUACAAAUGAGGUAGGUAGAAGUGGAUUCAUAGGUCGAAGGGAGUUGGGUCAUGGGGCCUUAGCCGAAAAGGCGCUUAGAGAAGUUAUUCCACAAGAUUUUCCUUUUACCAUUCGUUUAACCUCCGAAGUUUUAGAAUCAAAUGGGUCCUCUUCGAUGGCUACAUGCUGUGGUGGUAGCUUAGCCCUCAUGGAUGCAGGAGUUGACAUAAGUUCUCCCAUUGCGGGUGUGGCUAUAGGGCUAGUCACUGAUUAUGCACACGAGAUGGAAUCGAAUGCUAGUUCUUUUGACAUAAAAUCGAAGGAAAAAGAGUUUAAUUACAAAAUAUUGACGGAUAUUUUGGGUAUCGAAGACUAUUUUGGCGACAUGGAUUUUAAGAUAGCCGGCACUAAGAAAGGGAUUACAGCUCUUCAAGCGGAUAUUAAAAUCCCUGGUGUUCCUUUAUUAAUAAUUCAAGAAGCUCUGGAACGAAGCCGUUUAGCUAAACUUAAAAUUCUAAAAAUAAUGAACUCUACUUUAGCCAUCCCUAAAAAUGAUAAAGAAAAUAAGCCUCUUUCCGAAAAAUUGGUGAUACCUCUAGCUAAGCGGGCAAAAUUUAUGGGUUACGGGGGUUACAACGUUAAAAAAUUGGUUUCUGAUACAGGCGUGCAAAUAUCCCCCAUUGACGAGACAACCUUUUCGCUUUUUGCCCCUAAUAAAAUUGCCAUGGAUGAGGUUAGAGAGCGAAUCAAGGAAUUGCUAUCGGAUACCCUUAGUUCGUCGACAGAACCGACUUUUGAAUUCGGUUCUAUCUUACAUGCCAAAAUAGUGGAGAUUAGAGAUAUAGGGGUCAUGGUUUUAUUGCAUCCUACAAUGCAUCCAACUCUGCUUCAUAAUUCUCAGCUGGAUACUCGGAAGAUUAAUCAUCCGAGUGCCUUGGGGUUAGAAAUAGGCCAAGAAAUAAUGGUAAAAUAUUUUGGCAGGGAUCCUGUAACCGGUAAGAUCAGAAUAUCAAGAAAAGUUAUCGCGAAUCUAAACCCUUCUUUGGUUCCAAAAUCCGAAGAUAAUAACGAUACUCGGAAUAUAUCAUUUUAACAUCUAUCUCUCAAACUCUAAAUAUCAUUAUUAU